UUUGUCAUAUUCUUCUACCUUUACAUAAAAACCGGAAAAAUACUAAUAAUCAUAAAUAAAUAAAGGCAUAAAAAAAAAACAUAGAACCCCACUUAAUGAAAGUUUCAAGACCGAACCUAAUAAUAAUAUUAUUAUACCAUCAUAUCCUUUGAUCAACACAAAAAUCCCUUUUCCCUUUUCUGAUUUUUCUUCUUUUUCUUCCUCAAUCAUCAUGGAAACUAAUCUACAACAGGUGAAGAACAGUUCUCAAACUUUUUCUGAAAAGCAAAACCCUAAACAAGAAGCUUCACCAAUAUCAUCUACUUGUUCUUCUCCUUCUCAUGACUUCUCUUUCACUAUCUCUCUCCAGCCUCUCUCUUCUUCCUCAAAACAUAUCAGCCCUACUCUUAGAGGUUCAACAAAAACGACAUCGUCUUAUCAACAAACCGAUCCUUUCGCCGUCGACUUAUCUCCGGCCGAUGAGAUCUUCUUCCACGGCCAUCUUCUUCCUCUCCACCUCCUCUCCCACCUCCCUGUCUCUCCUCGAACAUCCACCAGUUCUUAUAAUGACGGAUUUACCCUCCCCGUCAAAGAUAUAUUACCUGACCAGCCCACAAACAACAACAACACUGAAAACGCUAUCACAACCAUCAGUACGGAGGCAAAGAACGACAACACCAGCGACAAAGCAGAGAGCGAGAAUCUUUCUCGGGUAAAAACCAAACCCAUGAAGUCAUUUUCUCUCUUUGGUUUAUCAAAAUGGAGAAAGGGUUUUGAAAGCAACGAGCGAGAACAAGAACAGCAGCAACAGAAGAUCAAGAAACCUAUGAGCUUAGACCUAAGUCACGCCGUCAAGAAGUACAUAAGGAUGUUGUUUCAGAAAAGAGGAAACGGCACGCAGUUUAGAAACAGAAGACAGACUUCUUCUUAUUCUUUCUCUUCCUCUCUUAUGGGUCCAAACGGAAACAGCAAAACAAUGAUUAAUGGAUCAUACAACAAGAGAGAUCUGAUUAGAGGAAGGAGAGGUGAGUUGUUCUCGGCUCCGGCGUCGAUGAGAACAUCUCCGACUAAUAGUGGACAUCUCCGUGUGUCCACGGCCGGACUAUCGUCAAGCUCGGGGUCCACGUCAUCAUCGUCUAGUGAUAGUACCAUGGAAGAGUUACAAGCUGCGAUACAAGCGGCCAUUGCUCAUUGCAAGAACUCAAGCGCCGUUGAUCGUGAUGAUAAGGUUAAGGAUUCUUGAUUUGGUUUUUUCUUUUGUCCUUAAUCUGUUGUUCUUUCUUGUCGGAAAGAAAAAAAAGAAAAAAACAAAGUGUUAGUGUGUGACGUGGAAUUUAAGAAUUACAGUAGAGGUAAUUAUUUAUUUCGUGUAUAGUAUAGAAAAAGGAGUUACUGUUCCUAUACUAUGUGUCCCCAUAAUUCAUUUAUAAUAAUAAAAGAGAUUUAUUUUAAAGAAAA